GAAAUAUCCCAAAUGUUGCGAGAAAUCUUUUGUUCUCAACUCUAUUGAGUUAGAGAACCUAAGAAAAGUCGUUGGUUAACCUCAAAAUUUCAUUUUCCACAAAUCAAUUCUUCUAUUACUUUUCUUCUAUAACAAAGAAGAAAACAUGAAUCUAAUAAUGCUACAAAAAUUCAAAGCAUUGAGAUUCACUCAAACACCUCAACUAAAAAAAAAAAUGAAGAUGGAGUUGAUUUUCAUUGCCUGGCCAGACAUCGGCCAUCUCUCCGCCACUCUCCAUCUCGCCGACCUCCUCAUCCGCCGCAACCACCGCCUCUCCGUCACCUUCUUCAUCAUCCCACCACCAUCGCAUACCAUUACCUCCACCAAGCUCCACUCCCUUCUCCCCUCUUCCACAAUCCCAAUCAUCAUCCUCCCCCAAAUCCCUCCUCUUCCCCAUCACCCCCAGUUCAUCUCUCUAAUCAAAACCACAAUCCAAACCCAAAAACAGAAUGUUUUUCACGCCGUCGCCGACCUUAUUUCCAACUCCCCCGAUUCCCCCACUGUCCUCGCCGGCUUCGUUCUCGAUAUGUUCUGCACCCCCAUGAUCGAUGUAGCCAACCAAUUGGGGGUUCCUUCUUAUCUCUUCUCCACUUCUAGCGCUGCAAAUCUCUCUCUCACUCUCCAUCUUCAACACCUCUACGAUCGUACCCAUCAAUCCCUAAACCCAGAUGUUCAAAUCCCCAUCCCCGGUUUCGUUAACCCUGUUACAGCCAAAGCAAUUCCCACCGCUUAUUUCGACGAAAACGCUAAAUGGAUACACGAAAGCGUUAGAAGAUUCGGAGAAAGCAACGGCAUCUUGAUCAACACUUUCUCUGAAUUGGAAUCGAAUGUUAUAGAAGCGUUUGCCGAUUCUUCGAGCUCCUCCACGUUUCCGCCCGUGUAUGCGGUUGGGCCGAUUCUGAAUCUGAAUAAGAACAGCUCCAGUGAAGGUUAUGAGAUCCUGAAAUGGCUAGAUGAACAACCGUUCCAAUCGGUGGUAUUCCUCUGCUUUGGAAGCAGGGGAAGCUUCGGUCGAGAUCAAGUGAAGGAAAUCGCAGAAGCUUUGGAGCGAAGUGGGUACCGAUUUGUGUGGUCGUUACGGGAGCCAUCAUCGGAAGGGGAAAUACAGAACACGGAUUACAUUAAAGAAGUUGUUCCAGAGGGGUUUUUGGAUCGGACAGCGGGGAUGGGGAGAGUGAUUGGGUGGGCGCCACAGAUGAAGAUUCUAGAGCAUCCGGCGACCGGAGGGUUUGUGUCGCACUGCGGAUGGAAUUCGAUUCUGGAGAGCCUGUGGUUUGGAGUGCCGAUUGGGGCAUGGGCGAUGUACGCAGAGCAGGGGUUGAAUGCGGUAGAGAUGGGAGUGGAGUUGGGAUUGGCGGUGGAGAUAUCAACGGAAACCGGGCAGGGCAUAGUGAGGGCGGAGAAGAUAGAGAGUGGGAUUAAGGAAGUGAUGAAGGGGGAUGGGGAGAUUAGGAAAAUGGUGAAGAUGAAGAGCGAAGAGAGUAGAAAAAGUGUAAUGGAGAAUGGCUCUUCCUUUACUGCUCUUAAUCGUUUCAUUGAAGUCGUGAUAGCCAAAGCCAAAUUAAAAUAAUCAAAUAAGUAUAAUCCUAUAAAACAUAUAAGUUUGAAAAGUUUUUCUUUUUUUGGUUAUAAGGUGUAUAUAUACUUAUUUAUAGGGGACAUUACUUUUAGUUGGAUAAAUAAAAGGUUAAAUCUGAGUAUAAUAAUAAUUGGCACAAAUUUAAAACUAAA